UUUCCCUUAGCUUCUCCCCUCAAAGGUCGCAUUGAUUCUCUCUUUCUCUUUCUUUUGUUUUUCUCUUUAAAAAAAAUUUCUUUUUCUUUUUUAAUUCUCUCUCCUUUAUAUAUUACAUUUCUUUUUCACUGUACUUUAGAGAGAAAGAAGCCAUUCAUUUGCUCACCCGGGAUUUUUAUUUCUCUUUUGGAAGGGUGAUCAUCAUUGGACACAGCAGAGACUUUGAAAAGAAGAGAAACAGCAGAGAUUUUUAAAGCUUGGGUUUUUGUUUUUAGAUAGAAAAAUUGAAAUGGGAUCAUCUUCAGGGCAAAGUAGUGGAAGCUAUGAUCUUUCAUUCAAGAUCUUGUUGAUCGGAGACUCGGGUGUUGGCAAGAGUAGUUUGCUUGUUAGCUUCAUUUCAGUUUCUGCAGAAGAUCUAGCUCCCACCAUUGGUGUGGAUUUUAAGAUCAAGUUGUUGACAGUUUGUGGGAAGAGAUUAAAGCUUACUAUAUGGGAUACUGCUGGACAGGAAAGGUUCAGAACAUUAACAACCUCUUACUAUAGAGGUGCCCAAGGGAUCAUACUUGUUUAUGAUGUAACACGGAGAGAAACCUUCACAAAUCUGUCCGAUGUUUGGGCCAAAGAAGUGGAGCUCUAUUCUACCAAUCAGGACUGUGUCAAGAUGCUUGUUGGAAAUAAAGUUGAUAAAGAUUCUGAAAGGGCUGUAAGUAGAGAAGAAGGGAUUGCGCUUGCAAAAGAGCAUGGAUGUAUGUUUCUUGAAUGCAGUGCUAAAACAAGAGAAAACGUGGAGCAAUGCUUUGAAAAGCUGACAUUGAAGAUAAUGGAAGUUCCAAGUCUUUUGGAAGAAGGGUCUGCUGUAGGGAAGAGAAACAUCUUAAAGCAGAAACCAGAGCACCAGGCUCCUGCUGGCGGUGGUUGUUGCUCUUAAAUCGCAGUGAUAUCAAUAGAAAGCCCACGCAGCCAUGUUGGUGGCUUUAAGCAAGCUUCCACCUUAACAGAUUGCGAACAAAUCGUGUAUAUGAUCAUUUCUUUCAAUAUUCUAUACUGCUGUUCUUUCCAAUGGAGUUGCCAUAGUUAAUUGUAUCACCAUCACUCAAAAUUAACUUGUGUAAAUUUGUUUGCCUUUUGCUUUUUUUUCUUGGUUAAUUUUAGUUUGUUACUCAUGGUAGAAAACCAGAUUGAAUGCUUUUUCAUUGAUUAAUUCAGUGUAGUUGUUAUUCUGGAUGGCAAAAAACUUUUGCUUACAACUCACUUUUUCUGAGUUGGUUAACAUUUUUGCUUUGCAAAUUACAGUGAAAUUAAAUGAAACAAAAACAAAUAAGAUUGCAUUCAACUUUUGCAAUUGGGAAAUAAUGGAGCAAUUCAUCAGCCUAUAAAUCUUGGAUUUGGAAAUUGGAAACCAUUUUGACUUGCAUGAUCUCUC